AUGAUUAAGAUGCAGCGGUUGACCCACGUCAUGGGCCUUUUCAUGACUGAGACAACUAUAGAAGAAUUCCAUGACACCUUGUUCAAGAAGUCCCUGCAGGAUAUUGCAUGGAUCCAUGCGCAGUUUGAUUACCCUAACCCAUUCCCUAUUUUGUCGGAAGAACCGACUGAAAUUCCCAUCAAUCCAUGUGUGGGAUAUGGAAAUUUGAUGCACGAGAUGCAAUUUUGGCAAGGCCAGAUGGGUCUACUAAACUCUGUCGUUACUCUGCCUAAUCUCCCAGCAACUGAAAUCGACAACCUACCUACACUGGCUCAAAUCAACUUGUUCCGAGGAGAAGUGGACUUGCCUUUGAUCGAAAAUAUCCUGAUGCCCUGCGACUUGCAAGGCCGGCCGAGCUUACCCUAA